AUGGAGCUCUAUCCCAGCCAGGCCUACCAGCCUCCAGAUCACCCCAUGGAGCUCUAUCCCAGCCAGGCCUACCAGCCUCCAGAUCACCCCAUGGAGCUCUAUCCCAGCCAGGCCUACCAGCCUCCAGAUCACCCCAUGGAGCUCUAUCCCAGCCAGGCCUACCAGCCUCCAGAUCACCCCAUGGAGCUCUAUCCCAGCCAGGCCUACCAGCCUCCAGAUCACCCCAUGGAGCUCUAUCCCAGCCAGGCCUACCAGCCUCCAGAUCACCCGAUAGAGCUCUAUCCCAGCCAGGCUUACCAGCCUCCAGAUCACCCCAUGGAGCUCUAUCCCAGCCAGGCUUACCAGCCUCCAUAUCACCCCAUGGAGCUCUAUCCCAGCCAGGCCUACCAGCCUCCAGAUCACCCCAUGGAGCUCUAUCCCAGCCAGGCCUACCAGCUGCUGGACAACCCUGCAGAACUCUAUCCCAGCCAGGCCUACCAGCCUUCAGAUCACCCCAUGGAGCUCUAUCCCAGCCAGGCCUACCAGCCUCCAGAUCACCUCAUGGAACUCUAUCCCAGUCAGGCCUACCAGCCUCCAGAUCACCCCAUGGAGCUCUAUCCCAGCCAGGCCUACCAGCUGCUGGACAACCCUGCAGAACUCUAUCCCAGCCAGGCCUACCAGCCUCCAGAUCACCCCAUGGAGCUCUAUCCCAGCCAGGCCUAA